AUGGAGAUUACCGAGUAUAUCUUUGCUCGACGAGAGGAGGUCCUCAUUGCCGGAGACUACAACGCUUAUCGUGCACACACAACCCGCAGAUUGCACAAUAUCCGCAAGAAGCUCGGACAGACUACUCCCAAGGGCCGGAAGUAUACCACGAAGCCUCCUAUUAGUGCUGAGGAUGUCAGCCAAAAUGUGGCAAAUGUUCAUUUACUACUCCUCAGCGCAGAACGGGCCUGGGCUCAAGCAAUGCAUAUGAAGUCAACACAUUCGGCAGACCCAUCAGCGAAGGGGAUCUCCGGUGCUUCCCGGCGCCAUAUCAUCUCACGGCUGAGCAAAGCGGCUGGAUACGCUAAUCAGCUGGUCGGCCUCCUCGAAGAUAAAAGCGGCUCUGGGGCUACCGACACGGACAUUCUUGAAGCACGGGCCUACUUGAGCUCGCUCCUGGGAGCUUCAUACCUGGAGAAGCGUAACUGGGAACAAUGCGUUCGAAGUUAUUCCGUCUCGCGGGUCAUCUACUCCGCACUAGGUCAAGCAGCAAAGAAGGAUGCAUUCCGUGACCUUUUGUCCGGCAACAUUGACCCAAGUCUGCGAUACGCCGCUUAUCAGAUGAAGCUUCCCCGAACCAAACCUAUACCCUCAUUGGCCAUUGAGUACUUCCCUGUCGACUCCGGUAUUAGGUCGGAGGUCGAGAAAGCCGAUCCCAAUUGCUUGAAGGAAGACGCCGCCGGGACUCGAAGAACUGCCGAUGGGCAAGUCCACGAACUGCCUGAGACUGUUACGUGGAGAUCACGCACUGUAACACUGGAAGAUGCUGUGAUUUCCCAAGCACUCGCAGCGGCGUCGGCCGAGGAAUCGCGGCUAGCCGCUUGGUUGAAUGCUGAGGGAAGCUCCGCGUCUUCGAAGGACAAGGCUGCGGCCUACGAUAGCGUGAUCAUUGCCAGUCAGGAUGCGGUCGAUGCCACCAAGACUGCCAUUGACGACCUGGCGAACGAGGGAGUGGAUCCAGGUGACAAGAGAAUGCAGAGCUUGCAAAUAACGCGGACCGCUGUGAAUUACGCAUUGGUAGGCUGGAGAACUGGACGUAACCGUGUACUAUGUGGGGAGAAAGACGGAAUCGCCUUCGAACCCGGUCGGAUGCAUUCAUCGAAGAACAAAAAGACAACCGCUGAGCAAGAUGCGCCCAGCGGGAAGAAGUUGACCUGGCUGCGUGAGAGAGUGGUCCUGUGCGAUUCCACUCUGCAAAGUAUCGAGUUUAUCCUCGAACUACCUGGUGUCGCCGCAGACUCAGACUUCGUCCGGGAGCUCGAAGUUAAGCGCAACUACUUCCGUGCAUUACGGUCCCUCGCAAUCGGCCGCUCCCACGCCCUCCUCGGAAAGUCCCAAAACGCCCUCGCACUCUUCUCCCAAGCUCUCUCCCUUGUAUCCGAAACCGCCGCAUCAAUCCAAUCCACAACCACCACCGCGAUGGACAUUGACGGCCCCCCACGCCUAGACAUCUCCCCAGCCCAAGUCAGCUCCCUCGAGCACGAGCUCCGCGCCCUCGUCACAAAAUAUCAAGGCCUGGUGACGCUCGAGAGCAUAUCCGCGCAGGAACAAUCGUCCAACAAGUCUACCAUCCAGCGCCCGCUCGUCGAACGCCUGCACGAGUACGCCGGCGAUAGCCUCGAUCUGGAUAACCUUGUGCCCUUCCCACCUGAGAUCAGUCCGAUCCCCGUUAAGCCACUCUUCUUGGAUGUUGCGUGGAACUACAUUGGGUAUCCGCGUGAGGGCAAGGCUGCCGUUUCGUCGGCUCAAGCCCAGGCCCAGGGCGAGCCAGCGGCUCAGGAGAAUAAGGGUGGGAAGCGUGGUUGGUUCGGGUUUGGGAGGUAA